AUGCAUCCUCUUCGGAGUAUAGAGGGAGGAGAAGAAAGAAUGUUUAGAAGGCGUUUGGAGCAGAAUAGUACACCUGCAGACGAUCAUGGUGUGACUUUCGUAACCGUGUUAUGCAAAAGAAAAGAUAAUAAUUGCCAAGACCGUGCUAAAGAUUGCGCUCAAUAUAUCAGCGGGUGCCAUGACAUGACAAGAGCAGGUGUUAAUAUACGCUUACGAUGUCCGAAAACUUGUGGAAACUGUCUUUGCGCAGACGAUGGUAAACAUUGUUAUGGUCUUCCGCUAGAUGACUGCAGUGCACAGCCAAUAAUGAAACUGAUAUGCCCUCUUACUUGUGAUACCUGCCGUUUACUAGACGCCUCAAGCUCCCUUAAUGCACCAAGUACAGUUGUACGUUAUGUUCGACAAGCUGUGCCCACCUCAGUCGAAAAUGUUCAGACUGCACCUUCUGAUACAUUAUUGAGGCCUGCAACUUCCACUGUAAUACUACGCCCUGUAACUUCUCGUAUGAUAUUCGCACCUGCAAAUCCUCUAAUAAUACAAGCCCAGCCAUCUGAUGCAAUCGGGAAGAGUACAUACUCUAAUGCAGGCUUAUUCAGAAAUGCAAAGCUCAUUUCCGAAGCGCAGCGUAACGCCUUCAAUAUACAGAACAGAAAUCCCAGUUUAGCAAUGCAGAACCCGCUUUACAACCUGAUGUUACAAUAA